AACCAUGGCGACCGCGCGGGGACUUGGAUGUCUCUUGAAGUUAGGCAGAUGGUGCCGCUGCUUUCGAGUACCUCCCCAGUCCAGGGCACUCGCUGCGCUGGUGCCUGGCGUGACCCGGGUCGAUGACAAGACCGAUUUUCUGGAGAAGCUGCACUAUCGCAAGCACCCUGGCAUCUUGAAGUUACCGCACGUGCGGCUGCCGCAGGCACUGGCUAACGCGGCGCAGUUACUGCUGCUGGAGAGCGCGAUCCCGAAUGUGGAGAAACAGGUGCAAACACUGACCAAUUAUCUCUGGAGUCGGCAUUUACCUGUAGAGUCAGCGGACUUGCAAAGACGGGCUAUGCAUCUUGAGAAAAAAAUUCUGGGCACUCAAGGUGGGACUUAAUAAUUAAAGAGUAAACCAGA